GCUUGGGAGAGGGGCAGGGGCACUCUUGGGGCACGUGUUAUUAAUGAUGCUUAUUGCUCACCAGCACGCGGUUGAGAAGGCCCCUGCCUGGAAACCAGAGAUUUGUCGCAGUGAAGAUCCAAGCCUGCCUUCUUUUCUUAUUGAGGUCUUCCAAACUAAGUAACUUUUUGGAACUGCAGAAAUGGUUGAUCCCAGCUACAAAUGGGAAUUUGGAGUCAUUCGGAAAUACAUCCUGGAAUAAUUGUGUUUGACUGGAACCAAAUCUUAUGAAGUCUCCAAGGAUGAGAGUCUGUGCUCGGUCGGUUUUGCUGUCGCACUGGCUCUUUCUGGCCUACGUGUUAAUGGUGUGCUGUAAGCUGAUGUCCGCCUCCAGCCAGCACCUCCGGGGACACGCAGGUCACCACCAAAUCAAGCAAGGGACCUGUGAGGUGGUGGCUGUGCACAGGUGCUGUAACAAGAACCGCAUAGAAGAGCGAUCACAAACUGUCAAGUGUUCUUGCUUCCCAGGACAGGUUGCCGGCACAACUCGAGCCCAGCCUUCUUGUGUUGAAGGUAACACGGUAGCAAAGAGACAUGGUCCAUUCCUGGAGGAGCGACAGGAUUCAGAGCGCUUGAGUUUGGACUGCUGGCCCGGCCUCUGUGUUGGAAAUUCUCUUGGAUUUCAGCAACGUCACAUUUGCAUAUCUGUGCUGUGAAGAGCGGCAUUCACUUAGGUGUCCCAGCCCUCUCUGCUUCAUGAUUUUAUGACAUUGAAUUGCAACUCCGGGCUGCCACAUCCUGACAUCCUGUCUGGAUUCCUGAGGAGCAGACCUCCGAGAAACCCUGGAGGAACAAACUGGAGACUUCAAAAUGCAUCACUGCCGAAGGACUAUUUGGUCUUCAGUUUCUUUCCACCUUUACAAGACAGCAUCCUUGUUCUCUUCCUCCUUUGAACUUUUCGUUCGUCCCUUGCACUCAAGUUGGUUGAAAGGGGUCCAAACUGGCAAAAGCAUCUUUGCAGAUGUAGCUUCCUUAAUGAACUCUGCUGAACCGGUGAUGGAAAUUUAUUUUAUAAACGUUGAAGAAUAGAUGGACUUAUUGGGGUGAUUGUGUGUGCUUUUGUAUUAUUGCUUCUGAUGAUUUAAAAAUCUUUGCAUUGUGAGUUCCACUGGCAGGUUAUUAGCACAAGUGAAAUGGGAGCAUUCUAAUGCGUGCGCACCGUCUUACUGGGUGCUACGCAAGCCUGUGGACGGCAAUGUUUUGUAACCAAAGCUCUGUCAUGACUUACCCACGACAGAAGUAAAAGCUGUUGGGAUUUUUAUGGCUUAAGUGUAGUCAGGUAAGUCAUUAAAAAAUAUACGAGAGUCUGUUUUAGAUCAAGGGUGAUUUCUUAGAUUCAGUUUAUGUCAAGUAUAUUAAAAUAUUUUGUUAACUGUGAGGCAGAAGUCCUUAAAUGCAGAAUUUUUAGACUGUAACUGAUUUAUUCUUAGCUCCUUCGCUACUUAUUAGUCAUGUGCGUUAAAUGUAAGUCAGUCAAAUCUGAGUCACUUUUUUUUCCUUGGGUUAAUGGUUUUGCAGCCCAGGCGUCUCCACAUAUUCUGAAAUGCUGUCAUGCAGAAACUUAUUACAGAUGACAAGUAACUGACCCAGAUUUUAAAUGUAUAAUGUUAUUAAAACACAUACUACAAUAAUGAUAUAAAUUUUAUCUAUUAAAAAAAUGCCAGAAACACACUCUCUGCACUGUUAAAUAUCCCUGUUCUGUCACAAUUAUGGGGGAAAAGUAAUAUUGUUUGUAGCGGUAAUAAUUACAUGUUUGAUUUUAUUCCUCCAGAAGGACUGGAAAGAGGUGAGAGAAGUAUGUUUGCUAAAUUUUCUUGGAAUUUGACUAGAUGCUUGCCAUAAUUGUUACUCUUGUCAUUAAGUAAAAAAUUCCUGCUA